ACGAACACAAUGACGGCACUGGUGCUCGCGCCUUGAUCAAAUAUCGGCGGAGAUUCCAAAAAAACAACGUUAUUUUCAAAACGCUAAUAAACAUGUCUUGUAUCCGCAGGGUUAACGGACAAUUCCCGUGUAUGAGCCCCGCUGUCAGCUGCUCCCGUCUGCGCCAUGUCCAGUCACUGCUGUGGGAGGGGGAAGCCAGCCCUGAUGGGAUUCUAUGCUCUCUGGGGAUUGACAGCAGGUAUAAUGAGGGCUGCAGUGAGCUGGCCAACUACCUGUUCUACGGACUGUACCGGAAGAACCAGCUGAACCUGGAGCACAUUCUGGAGGACUUCCCUGAGGAGGUGUUGGAUGAUUUAGUAGUAGGGGUCAAGGCAGAUAGUGUCCACUAUUACUGUAACCACAUAGACUGUCUUACCCAGCCAGAGGUUAGCUAUUACUGUAACCACAUAGACUGUCUUACCCAAACAGAGUAUGAAGACGAGGAAGCAGCGGAGGAGUUUAAGAUCUCCAGCUUUGUGAGCAUGGUUCAAGACUGCAGCCGUAUUGGAGUUCCUUACAGCACCCAGGGCCACAUCCAGACGUUUGACAUGUUUAUGAUAGAGAAGUGGCCCAUCAUUCAGGCCUUCGCUCUGGAGGGGAUCGGUGGAGGAAGCUUCUUCACCAUGAAAUACAAGUUGAUGGACAUCAGUGAGAAGCUGUGGCAGACCUACACCAGAUUGGACCCUGUGUCCCUAGACAACCUGCUGACUGAGGACCUGGUGUUGUUUGAGAAGCAGUGGAGCAGUUUCUUCUCCAGCUUUGACAUCGAGAGCCAUCUCUCUAUCCUGGAACUGUCUGAGGCUCAGGCAGGGGAGGCGUUCCGGAGUUAUUUCUCUCAUGGCCUGAUCUCCAGUAACAUCGCAGACAGCAGCAGGAGACGGCAGCCCUUGGUUCUGUUUGGGAGCCACUCCUCCAUGGAGAACCUCCACAGCUACUCCUUCAACUUCCCUUCUGAUGGACACCAGGUCCGCAACACCGGACCCCAGGGGACCCCAGCCAAACACAUGGUUCUCCAGUGUGUGGCUCCUAAAGGAUCUUUAGCCUGCUCCAGGACUUACUUCUUUGGAACCACUCACAUCCCCUACCUAGGGAAUGACAACAUGCAACAGAAGAAAACAGAACUCCUUCUUCUCUCUCAGAUCUAUGCAGCAGCCGUCCAGUCGGUCCUGGCUGGAAUCAAAUGCUACUCCAACACCACUAGUGCUACUAAGGCGAAGGACGUAGCAGAGCAUACCUUCCACCUGGCACUGGACUCGGUCCACCUGCCUCAGUACAGAACUGCUCUCAGAUCUAAAAGUGUUUUCCACAUCCAAGCUGUAAACAACCAGGGCAGAAUUGUUCCUCUGAGUGAAGAAGGGAGCUGCUUCUUGGUGAAAACUGCGUCCAUGUCAGUGUACGACAUCCCAGACCUCCAGUGGGGGAAAGGAGACCUGGGCUCUGUAGUCUUCUCUGAGUCCUUCUUGGUGUCCAGCAUCAACAUCCAACAGAAAGAUGGAAGUGUUUCCUCAGACAGCUGCUACACCAUCCUGACGACAGCUCUGCCUCGAUACGUCUGCUGGCUGGUGGAGUCUGAUGUGAAGCAUUCUGAGAAGGCCCAGGUCCUGCUGAAGGAGGAGGAGGGUACCUGCCUGGGCACCUCUUUGACUACAGCAGACACAGCUCAUGUGUUCUCCAACAGCCUGCUCUCCACUCCAGAGGAAGGUAAGAUGAGCUUCUUCACAGAGGGCAUCCUGUUCCUCCAUCCUCAGUACGGCACCAUCACUCUACCCAGGAGCCUCAUCAGCGGGAUCAAGUUGUAUGACCUGGACUCGUCGAGCGUGGUGGCAGCUCUGUUUGUACAGUAUGAAGCUGCUCUGCUGUCCCACCUGCCCUUCCCUCUCCACAGUGACGACCACUGUUUGGUCUUCAGCCUCCAGCCACGCUCACAGAGUCACCGAGCCUUCUACUCACAGGUGUUACCAGUGUGGCAGGGGUCAGACUCUGGACUCUCUCUGCAGCUGGUGGACAGAGAACAGCUGACCUGGGAUCAGAGGAACAUGCACUCCAGACUGCAGUGGUUGCAUGACUGCCACGCCCCCCCUGUGGCCAAACGCAGAGGCAGCCUGAAGGCCUCAUACUCCCAGCUACCAGAACAGGAGAUGUUCCUGCAGCACUUUGCUCUGAGCAGUGUGGGUCAGGAGCCCAUCCAGGAUGACCACCUGGGGGCACUGUUCUCCACGCCAGACACCAGGAACCCUCUGGCAGGACGCACUGACAAGGUGGUUAUAACCAUCAUCUCUGGACUACCGGGCAGCCACAAGAACAGACUGGUUAACUUCCUGGUCCAGCUGAAUAGAGAAGGAGGAAGGUGGGUUGUCUACCGUCCAGGUCCAGACUGCAGUGAUUGUUUCUCCACCUCCCACUUCCAGCGCUACCUGUCCUGCUUCCUGGAAACACAGAGAGCACCUGGAGGGAAGCCCCGACUACUGCUGCUCACUCCUGGAUGUACAGAUGUAUUAGACGUGGUCCAGGCGGUCCUGUCCCAUCCAGAUGCUGUGGUCCAGGCCUGUUUCACCAUCGGGGCGGUCACAGCCUGUGUGGACCCUCUCAGCUCAUACAUGGAACACAGAUUUGUCUUCCCGAAGCUGGUGGAGCAGUGCAGCCAAGGUAUAGUGAGUACGAUCGUCUUCACUGGACCGGCAGCAGAACAGAAGAACCCUCUCCUCCAAACCGUACAGCAGCUGAUCCGGUCAGCCAAUCCCAAUGCUGUCUUCAUCCUGGCAGAGAGAGGAGCCGUUACCAGGAAUGAGGAUGUGAAGAUGAUUUUGUCUGAGAGCAGCUUCUCUGAGGCGCAGAUGAUGAGAGCACGCUACCUGCUCUACCCUGGCUGGUGUAAAGGCCGGUUCAGCAGUGGCUGUGGGUCCCUGUCUUUGGGCCACCAGUAUGUGAUGUUCAACCUUCCCCUGGAGAGACCUCUGUUUCUGAAACACUGUAAAGCCUUCAAGUCAGCUCUGAGACCAAACCCUUUCAGAGGAAACGUCUACAACGUCACUGGGAAGGUCCUCUUCUCUGACUCUGAGAGGAUGAUGGAUGUGAGCUACAACACUGUGAGUGGGAACCUCCGUAUCACUCAGCAGCCCUUGGGGGACAGCCACCAGGGAGACCAGGAACCCUCUGGAUGCUUCCUGCUGUUCCAUGGAGUGGGAUUGACACAGGAGGUCCUGAAGGACUGGCUGAGGAUCUGUGUAAAACAGAAGGAGGUGAGGAAGGUGAAGAAGACCCCCACCAGCCUCUCUCCUCAGGAAAUCAGGACCAUCCAUGUGAAGAGACAUCUGGACCCUCUGCCUCCAGGCUUCUUCUACAACGGGCAACAGUACGUCAGUUUCUUUGGAGAGAAGAACAACUUCCAUCCACAAAUGGACCAGUUCAUAGCGGAGUAUGUUGAGGAGGCCAACCGAGAGAUCGACCUCUUCAACAAUCAGCUGGAGCAGCAGCAGCACCGGGACCUGUUUGACCCUUAGUGACCCCCAAGGUUGGGGUUAGAGGUCGUCUGUCUCGUCCUUUUACUGUUUGUCCUCCUCAGCACAUCUCAAAGGGAAACAAAGGGGGAAACUAUACCAUACAUCCUGUCACCUCCACUAUACCAUACAUAUUGUCACCAUACAUAUAGGGGUGAUAAACAUGAAUCAAGACAUUAUUAUGGUGAGAGAGCACAAGCUUUCUGUCCAGAUAAGAGGUUCAACUUUACAUUGUCAGUCAGUAUCAUCCUAGGUAGGUUUUUAAUAGGCCAGUAGAAUUGGUUCUAUUUGUAGCCUGGCUGUUGGCAUUAUUAAAACACUCCUUUCUCGUCUACUUUCCUGACCUGUCAUACGAUGCACAGCCCACCUGUUAGUUAGCUGCGUUCAGUAUCACGCUGUGUAGCUCUUCUCACUGGCUCCACUGUGCUAAUAGCUUGUAUCAGUGUCAGACUUGGUGAGAGGAAGUGGACGCAGAGCUGUGAACUUUGAAUAGACAGCCUGUAGCAUGUUAAUCCCUGGUGUGGUGAUAGAAACUGUCUCCUGUUGUAAAUACUAGCUAGACCGUCACCCAGCUCUAGUCAGCAUAGCAACGUGGUCCUCAGUAACAUAAUGUCAUGGUGAUCAAACAUCAACAAUAACAUUACUCCUCCCCUUUCACACAACCACCUAACAUGCUGUGGGUGGGAUACUGGUUGGAAUGGGGAUGGUCUGAAAUCAAUUCGUCUAGUUUAGGCCAGUUUGGGCUGGUUUAGGCCGGUUUUGGUUAGGAGGGUUUGGGCUGGGUUUGGGCUGGUUUAGGCCACUUUGGUUUAGGAGGGUUUGGGCUGGUUUAGGCCACUUUGGGUUAGGAGGGUUUGGGCUGGUUUAGGCCACUUUGGGUUAGGAGGGUUUGGACUGGUUUAGGCCACUUUGGGUUAGGAGGGUUUGGGCUGAUUUAGGCCACUUUGGUCUGGAUUAGGAGGGUUUGGGUUGAGGGUGUUUGAGGGAUGGGGAGGGUAGGACUGGUGUUGGCCAGAUAAGGGCUGAGGAAGGAGUUAGUAGUGGUGUAUUACAGGGAUGGGUAGGGUCAGGGGUCAGAGUUAGUGUUGUUGACCACAUGCAGUUCCUUGAUGUGGGACUUAAGCUGUGUCCACUACCUGUUAGAUAGAUGGGUGUUGGAGGUAGCUUACAUGUUCUCUCAGGACUACCUGUUAGAUAGAUGGGACUUAACCUGUGUCCUCUACCUGUUAGAUAGAUGGGACUUAACCUGUGUCCUCUACCUGUUAGAUAGAUGGGACUUAACCUGUGUCCUCUACCUGUUAGAUAGAUGGGACUUAACCUGUGUCCACUACCUGUUAGAUAGAUGGGACUUAACCUGUGUCCUCUACCUGUUAGAUAGAUGGGACUUAACCUGUGUCCACUACCUGUUAGAUAGAUGGGACUUAACCUGUGUCCUCUACCUGUUAGAUAGAUGGGACUUAACCUGUGUCCUCUACCUGUUAGAUAGAUGGGACUUAACCUGUGUCCUCUACCUGUUAGAUAGAUGGGACUUAACCUGUGUCCUCUACCUGUUAGAUAGAUGGGACUUAACCUGUGUCCUCUACCUGUUAGAUAGAUGGGACUUAACCUGUGUCCUCUACCUGUUAGAUAGAUGGGACUUAACCUGUGUCCACUACCUGUUAGAUAGAUGGGACUUAACCUGUGUCCACUAACUGUUAGAUAGAUGGGACUUAACCUGUGUCCUCUACCUGUUAGAUAGAUGGGACUUAACCUGUGUCCACUACCUGUUAGAUAGAUGAGACUUAACCUGUGUCCACUACCUGUUAGAUAGAUGGAAUAUAAAAUGUGUCCACUACCUGUUAGGUAGAUGGAAUAUAAAAUGUGUCCACUACCUGUUAGAUGGAAUUUCAAAUUAGAAAAUAACAGAAUAUUUGACAAUAUCAGUUGACAGAACAGUUACGGUCUGCUAAUUUAGCUCCACUCACCUGGAGAACAGUUACGGUCUGCUAAUUUAGCUCCACUCACCUGGAGAACAGUUACGGUCUGCUAAUUUAACUCCACUCACCUGGAGAACAGUUACGGUCUGCUAAUUUAGCUCCACUCACCUGGAGAACAGUUACGGUCUGCUAAUUUAGCUCCACUCACCAGGAGAACAGUUACGGUCUGCUAAUUUAGCUCCACUCACCUGGAGAACAGUUACGGUCUGCUAAUUUAGCUCCACUCACCUGGAGAACAGUUACGGUCUGCUAAUUUAGCUCCACUCACCUGGACAACAGUUACGGUCUGCUAAUUUAGCUCCACUCACCUGGAGAACAGUUACGGUCUGCUAAUUUAGCUCCACUCACCUGGAGAACAGUUACGGUCUGCUAAUUUAACUCCACUCACCUGGAGAACAGUUACGGUCUGCUAAUUUAGCUCCACUCACCUGGAGAACAGUUACGGUCUGCUAAUUUAGCUCCACUCACCAGGAGAACAGUUACGGUCUGCUAAUUUAGCUCCACUCACCUGGAGAACAGUUACGGUCUGCUAAUUUAGCUCCACUCACCUGGAGAACAGUUACGGUCUGCUAAUUUAGCUCCACUCACCAGGAGAACAGUUACGGUCUGCUAAUUUAGCUCCACUCACCUGGAGAACAGUUACGGUCUGCUAAUUUAGCUCCACUCACCUGGAGAACAGUUACGGUCUGCUAAUUUAACUCCACUCACCUGGAGAACAGUUACGGUCUGCUAAUUUAGCUCCACUCACCUGGAGAACAGUUACGGUCUGCUAAUUUAGCUCCACUCACCAGGAGAACAGUUACGGUCUGCUAAUUUAGCUCCACUCACCUGGAGAACAGUUACGGUCUGCUAAUUUAGCUCCACUCACCUGGACAACAGUUACGGUCUGCUAAUUUAGCUCCACUCACCUGGAGAACAGUUACGGUCUGCUAAUUUAGCUCCACUCACCUGGAGAACAGUUACGGUCUGCUAAUUUAACUCCACUCACCUGGAGAACAGUUACGGUCUGCUAAUUUAGCUCCACUCACCUGGAGAACAGUUACGGUCUGCUAAUUUAGCUCCACUCACCAGGAGAACAGUUACGGUCUGCUAAUUUAGCUCCACUCACCUGGAGAACAGUUACGGUCUGCUAAUUUAGCUCCACUCACCUGGAGAACAGUUACGGUCUGCUAAUUUAGCUCCACUCACCUGGAGAACAGUUACGGUCUGCUAAUUUAGCUCCACUCACCAGGAGAACAGUUACGGUCUGCUAAUUUAGCUCCACUCACCUGGAGAACAGUUACGGUCUGCUAAUUUAGCUCCACUCACCUGGAGAACAGUUACGGUCUGCUAAUUUAGCUCCACUCACCAGUCCAUCUAUACCAAGCCUGUCCAUUCACAGUGUCUCCCAUGCUAGGCGUGUUACUGUCUGAAUAGAGAAUGACCCAGUCCUCUGCUAGACGUGUUACUGUCUGAAUAGAGAAUGAUCCCUAGCCAGUAAGUUAGUUUCUUCAGGGUCCAGGCCUGUUCCAGUCAGAUACACACCCAGUCAAUUAGUCUAGAAAGGAAGACAGACUACAUCACAAUCCUCCUGACCCAUGUUACUAUUCAUUCUCUUAGCUUACAAUCCCUCCCUCUCCUUAACUUUAUCAAGUGCAAUUGUACUCUGUUUUUAUAUGUAUUCUAACUACCUUCACAGAACUAUUUUAAGGACUAGCUGAUUAAAUCAGGGCCGUGUUCUCAGUCUCAACAUCGGAGUGAGUUGAGAUUUGCUUAACGUUUAGUACCAUGCUGACCUAAUCCACAGCACUGGAGACUAACGCUCUGUGUCCGUCUCCGUAUGACUGGAGUCUCUUCUGACAAGUCCUCUUGUCUGCUUAGAGCAAAAACGAUUUUCAUUCGCAAUACCACAGAGACCUGUCUUAGUUGAGUCAGAGACACAGAGCCAUAACCGAGGGUGAUUGAUAUCCUACAGAAUAAGACUGAAGAUGCCAUAACUACAGGUCUUAAUGGGCGGUGUUUGGAAACAGACACUGAUUGGUCUACGGUGUAGCUAUCAGUCCUUAAAGGGUUCUAUAGGGGGUUAUUAUUGAACAUGUUUGUGAUAUUAACUUAGUAGCACAUAAGAUGCCACACUAUCUGCAUGUGUUAGGAUGUCCUUUAAUAUAUAUAUAUAUAUAUCUAUGAUAUAUUCUGAUACUAUUGCCUUUCACCAAACUGGUAUAACCAAGAGAAAAUUAUCACAUUUAUUUUACAAAACUGGUGAGAAUUGAAGUACCUCAGACACCACUAGAGUAUUUUUGUAAUGCUGUGAAUUGAACAGAGAAAAAGCUAAGAGUCAAUCUUUUUCUCACACAAUUGAAUAAAUAAGCAAAACAGAGAAAUGUUGUGAGACGUGAUGUUUCUCUGGUCCAGCAGUGCCUUGGCCCGUUACUUUACGGCUAAGAAAUAAUCCUGUUCAGAGCUCCAGCCCCCUCUAGUCUACAUUCUACUGCUACUGUACAUGACGGGGCUGGAGGCUGAGGAACCGUCCUGAAACGGUAUUUGGUGAAAGGAACCGUCCUGAAACAGCCUGGGUACCAGUCUAUUUGUGCCAUCAUGCCACGCCUUGCCGGUUUGGCAUGACAAGGAGUUGAGAUGAUGACAAACAGAUCUGGGACCAGCUAUCUUAAACAGUGUUGGUGAAAGGACUGAAUCAAUGGAAUUGUUCUUUAAGCAAUGUGUUACUCAGCCAAAGGGGCAGUAAGCCCCGGGGGAAGGGGAGGUCACUCGAGGGCUCACACCGUUUCAACUAGUAAAUAAAUGAUACGAAGCCACAAUGAUUCUGAAUGGAAACCGGGGUCCUCGUGGUUCUGGUUUCAAAGCUGUUGUCAAAAAUGAGGAUGAUGAGUUAGUGGUUAAAGUAGAGCAGCCUACCCUGUCCUAAUGGUUAAAGUAGAGUAGCCUACCCUGUCCUAAUGGUUAACUUAGUGGUUAAAGUAGAGCAGCCUACCCUGUCCUAAUGGUUAACUUAGUGGUUAAAGUAGAGCAGCCUACCCUGUCCUAAUGGUUAAAGUAGAGCAGCCUACCCUGUCCUAGUGGUUAACUUAGUGGUUAAAGUAGAGCAGCCUACCCUGUCCUAGUGGUUAACUUAGUGGUUAAAGUAGAGCAGCCUACCCUGUCCUAGUGGUUAACUUAGUGGUUAAAGUAGAGCAGCCUACCCUGUCCUAGUGGUUAAAGUAGAGCAGCCUACCCUGUCCUAUUUAGGGUAUCGGUCAGCUGAUUGGUUAGGUGACCCACCUUAUUGCUCAGUGGGCCCCAGAGAAAAAGCCCUCUAGAGGUUCUCCCCUGUAACUCAGAGCUAAAUCUAUGCUUCUGAUGUAACUCUUCUUACUCAACCCUCUGGCUAUGUUGUAUUCAUGCUGUAUGUGGAGGCUAGCGGCUUGAAGCUGAAGUUAUAGGACAAAAACAACGUUUAGUGUUUAUUGUUUUUUUAUGAGGGAAAUGUGAUGAGUAUGUUCUAAACAAAAUUAAAUGUUCUGAAGAUUGGCUCCAAGGUUCCAGAGAGCCAACAUUUGGAAUUUAUGCACUUUGAUGAAAACUGAUAUUUGAAUUCAUUGUAUUUUUAUGUUUUGUAAUGGAGUAAUUAUCUCACCUGUAGUCAAAGUGAUCUUUCACAUGCCUACAGUACCCUGACUUCAACAGUCUUUAGGUGUUAAAAGGAAUCACAAGUUUCAGUGGGAGUAAUAACUCAGGAAUAUAGGUCUAUAGGAAGGUUAUAGGUCAGGGCCCAGAUUCACAAAACCUUCUUAAGAAGAUAUUUCUUCUUAAUUGCCAUUUAUUCCUUAACUAUAGACUACAGAGGAAAGUUCAGCCAAGUUGCUGUUCCUCAAGAAGCUUCUUGGACAUGUUCUUGUGUUAUUUCAAUACAAGAAGAAAUUAGAUUAUUGAAAAUAUUUAACCAGGCAAGUCAGUUAAGAACAAAUUCUUACUUUCAAUGACGGCCUGGGAACAGUGGGUUAACUGCCUGUUCAGGGGCAGAACGACAGAUUUGUACCUUGUCGGCUUAGGGGUCUGAACUUGCAACCUGCCGGUUACUAGUCUAGCGCUCUAACCACUAGGCUACCCUGCCGUCUUAAACUCAGGGCAGUGAGAUAAUAAGCUAAUUAAAUCAAUUGAACAUAUUUAAUUCACUCAAACUUCAUCUGAAAGUUUCAGUAUUGAUUAUUUGAAACCCCCAAAACAUGUUUUAGAACAGUCAUCUCAGUAUGAAAUAUGCUAACAUGAUUGUCAUUGCUAGCUAGAUAAAACAGUUUGCCUAGUGACAAUCAUUUUAAGAAGAUAGUUAAGUUUGUAAGAAAAUGAUAAAAUCUUAACAUAUUGUUGAAGAAUUGCACUUGUGAACUAUCUUAUGAACUUAUAAUUGUUUUCUUAAGAAGGUUCUUAAGUUUUUGCAUAAGAAUGUUUUGUAAAUCUGGGCCCAGGUUUCCACACCUGUAACAGUGGGUUACACCCUGUCUACUAAUGGUUCAAUAGUGGUUAGUCUGCCAAUCCCAAUCAGAAACUGAUAGCCCAUAGUUUUUCCCCCAUACAAUCUUAUGACAACUACAUUUAUAUGUUUGGAAAAGUAUUGAUUUAAGUUGGAGGUAGUUUAUGGCAUGAACAUGGUGGUAAACUAAAGACUCUUUUCACCUCUACAACCAAGUUAUUACAUCUGUAACGUAACUAUAUUAAUACAAUUGAUUAAUAUAUUGCCUCAAAAAAGGAUUUCCGAUGUGGACUCCAAUAAACUGAAAGAAGGAAUUUGGUGAAGUGAACUUAGUGCCAAAUGUUUUUGAGGAUUAAUUAAACUACUGUAACUUUAGUUUUUUCCUGUGACUGAUGCUUUUAUAAUCUUAUUGUGUUAUUUAUUGCACCAAGUAAUCCAUUAAAAUAUUGAUAUGGUUA